AUGGGCGAGGAGGAGGCGCGUUAUAGAAAUGAUGAGUCUGAGGCGAAGCUAGCGGAGGUAGGGGAGAGGACGGCCAUGGGGCUGGGCUGCGCGAUGGAUAUUAGAAUUGUCUUUGGGCGAGGUGCGUUGAUGAUCGCGGUCCUUAAGUCAAGGUAUACGUAUCAGGGCUGGGGGAUUAGACCUCAAAUUCCUGGACAGGAUACUCGGCCUCGCAGGGUUGAGGAAUUGGGUAAGUUCACGGCGACCACGCGCUGA